GCACUGCUGAAGGACCCCCUUUACAUCGGCUUGAGGCAUAAGAGAAUCCGAGGCCAGGCCUACGACGACCUGAUAGAUGAAUUCAUGAAAGCCGUUUCAGACCGGUAUGGAAUGGACUGCCUGAUUCAGUUUGAGGACUUUGCAAACAUUAAUGCUUUCCGCCUGCUGAGCAAGUACCGCAACAAAUACUGCACGUUCAACGAUGACAUCCAAGGCACAGCAGCAGUAGCCGUAGCAGGACUGAUCGCCGCCCUCCGUAUCACCAAAAGCAAAAUGAGCGACCACACCGUCGUCUUCCAAGGAGCGGGAGAGGCAGCGAUGGGGAUUGCUGAUCUCAUCACCAUGGCAAUGGAGAAGGAGGGACUCUAUAAGGAGGAAAGCUUGAAAAAAAUCUGGAUGGUUGAUUCAAAGGGACUCAUCGUCAAGGGUCGAGACCACCUGACCCACGAGAAGGAGAGAUUCGCCCAUGAGCAUCCUCCGAUGAGAAACCUGGGGGAUGUAGUCCGGGAUCUGAAACCCACAGCAAUCAUUGGUGUUGCAGCUGUAGCGGGAGCUUUCUCUGAGCAGAUCAUCAGGGACAUGGCUUCCUUCAAUCAACGACCAAUUAUCUUCGCCCUCAGCAACCCAACCAGCAAGGCUGAAUGUACUGCUGAGCAGUGCUACACAUUCACAGAGGGGAGAGGCAUCUUUGCCAGCGGCAGCCCGUUUGACGCCGUCACCCUGCCCGAUGGGAGGACCUUCUAUCCCGGUCAGGGUAACAACGCUUACAUCUUCCCCGGUGUGGGCCUUGGCGUCACCGCUUGUGCCUUGCGACAUAUUACCGAGGAUAUCUUCUUAACAGCUGCAGAGGCUCUUGCCAACCUGGUGACUGAGAAGGACCUCGCCGAGGGUAGACUGUAUCCUCCUCUCAGCUCCAUCAGGGAGGUUUCUCUUAACCUGGCAGCUAAGAUCAUGGAUUAUGCCUACAACCACAAAAUGGCCACGCUUCGUCCAGAGCCUUCCGACAAGGAAGCACAUCUCCGCUCUAUCUCCUAUAGCACUGAAUAUGAUGACUUCACUGUUGACUCCUACCAGUGGCCAGAGGACUGCACGGCUGUGCAGACAUGUAAACUGUGAUGUUCUGCUCAAUAAUAAAAAAAAAAACAAAAUGGAGCGUUUCUACUGAUAUGCAAUGUUAUCAGGAGACAAGAAGUUGGGAUGUAAAACUGGUGUCUAUCAUUGUACUUUAUCAAGUUGGGCAUUACUGGUUAUGCUGCACCAGUUAAUAGUAGAGUACACAGGAAGGUCUUGUAUGGUUUACCAUUUAUUGUACUGUAAUAGGCAGUUACUUUGACUGUGUCAAUUAAAAUCCAAAGAUAAUUUGCCAAAUAAAUAAAUAAAAAGCUUUUGAUUAAA